AUGUUCGGUUUAACGCGACUUAUCGCUACUAUCGCCAUAACUGGCUUCAUGCGGCUGCCCUAUACUGCUGCGAACGCCGAUCCAGCCACUGGACAUGUGCGAAAUGCCAAGCCUACUAAGGCAUGGUUGGAUAAGAACCCAGUUGCUCACAUGACACCGGAGAUCCAGGCCUCGGAAUGUGGGAUGAACACACGGCUUGCGUAUCCUCAUGUUCAACUUUUUUCUUGGUUCAAGGUCAACCAUAACGAGGAUCAUUACCAUGGCUGUCCGUAUGGAGACUGUUGGGCUUUCACAACGUUUCCAGGACCCGAUGACUUGGAAAUUGAUUUUACCUGGUCUCACGUAUUUUUCUGGCAUUACUCGGGAGGAAUUCCAGGAACUGGGGUUAAGUUAAUUUCCGACCCCCAAACUGGUGCUUUCGGCUAUGAGCAGAGCCUCAGUGGCAAAUUUUUCGAUGGACCAACCCCCCCGAACACGCUUCAACCGCUUCACGAUGAGAAUUAUCCCCACUUCGAUCCCCACAGUAUCCAUGGAUGGCCUAAAGGUGCUGCUGAUCGUUUCGUAUGGGGCAAAGAGCCGCCUCAUAUUAAAUGUGGUCUACCAUGCGGGCCGAACAAAGAUCCUGGAAUGAAAGCCGGUGUAUACGGUUCCAAGAUGUGGGCACCUGCUCCAUCCAGCGCAUACCCAUUCCCUCCCAACUGGAAACCUACGCCGAGAGACCAAUGUCCAAAGGACGGUACCAUUCCUGCCGAAGACAAAUGCGGCUCGUUUUGCGUGUGUGUGGCUCAGUGCAAGGACAGUGACUGCGAAUCGAAAUGCAGUUCCAAAGCCGCCAAGGGCAUCACAUGCGACCGAACCAAAUGUCCGACUGCCCCACCGCCCUCACAGAAUCAACCCCAGCCCGGCAACGACCCUGACAAAUGUCUCAACUUUUGCGGCUGCUUGAGCCACUGCAACGGCAACAAAGAUUGUGCCAAAGCGAGCUGCCACUCAAUCAGACACGGAUGCAAGAAGACCCAAUGCCCUGCGAUCGAAAACCCGGGAAAAACGGACCCGACGAAGGGAAACUCUGGUAAUACUGGAUCCAAGAGUGGAGCUGGCUCCAACAUCGAUCAGGAAUGCCAAGACUACUGCAAAUGUGCCAGGCCUUGCAAGAACGAGUCGUGCAAGAAGGAAUGUCCCGAUGCUCAGAAAUGCCUCACCGUUUCCCACUGCCAAAAGUCCAAACAAUCCUCCCGCAAGAGGGUUAAAGCCUGCAUCUAG